UGCUUAAGGGAUUUCAUUGCUAUCAAAUCAUUUUAAAGUUUAAGAACAUUCCGUCGCUGAAAAAAAAAAAUAAAAUUAUUAAAAUUUCCUUUUAAAUUAUAGCUUUAGUAGUGAAUACAAAAAGAAAAUGAAUCGUUGGGAAAAUCGUGUUGCUGUAGUAACUGGUGCAAGUUCUGGUAUUGGAGCUGCAAUUGUUAUAGAUUUAAUAAAAGCAAAAAUGAUUGUCGUUGGUUUGGCACGUCGUUUAGAUCGUAUGGAAAAAUUACGUGAAGAACUUCCCACUGAUUUAAAAUCAAAUUUUCAUUAUUUAAAAUGUGAUGUUUCAAAUGAAGAAAAUGUUAAAAAUUGUUUUCAAUGGAUAAAUGAAAAUUUAGGUGGUACAGAUGUUUUAGUUAAUAAUGCUGGAUGUUUAAAAUAUGGUACUUUAUCGAAUGAUUUAACAUCAGAUGAAAUAAGAAAUUGUUUAAAUACAAAUGUUAUGGGUAUUGUUUAUUGUACAAAAGAAGCAUUUAAAAGUAUGAAAGAACGUGAUUUUAAUGGACAUGUUAUUUUAAUUAACAGUUUAUCUGGUCAAAUGCCAAUUAAUUUACCAGGUAUAAGCUUAAAUAUAUAUGCUCCAACAAAAUAUGCUGUAACAGCAUUAACAGAAACAUAUCGUCAAGAAUUUCGUGAUUUAAAAACAAAAAUUAAAAUCACUAGCAUUAGUCCGGCCGGUACUGAUACAGAAAUAAUACCAGAAGAAUGGAAAAAACAUGGUGAUCUUAAUGAUUUAUUACGUCCAUCUGAUAUAGCUGAAGCAGUUUUGUAUACUUUGGGAACAGGACCUAAUUGUCAAGUACAUGAGAUUACGAUUAAACCAUUAGGAUCUGCAUGUUAAAGAUAAUAAUUUGUUUUUUUUUUUUUUUGUAUUUUAAUAAUAAAAUUUUAAAAAAUACAAUUUUUGUUUCAGCCUUCACACAGUAUAUUAAUAUUAUUGUAAAUUUAAGAAAUUUUCUAUAAAACCAGAUUCAUUUAGAUUUUAAGAGAUUUUUAUUGAUCAUAUCGAACAAAUUACAAUUAAUUUUUAAGUGCAAGCAUAUUCUAAUAUGGAGAAUUAAAUGAAGGGUGUGUUCAGUUUAAACAAUAUUAUUAAGUAUUCUUACUGUAUUCUUAACUUAUACUAAAAUUAAAAUUAUUUUCACAAUUUUUUGAAAAUUAUUUACUAACAUAUUUUUGUCUAAUUUAAAUAACAAAUUGAAAAAUUUAUUAAAGCUUUGAUUAUAUGAAAACAAUUUUUUUGUAAGUUGUAUGUACAUAUAUAUGUCACUAAUCAUUACGAGCAUUAAUAUAUGUCAUAUACAUAUGUAUAUAUAUAUACAUACGAGUAUAUUAAUGCUCGUAUACUAGUGACAGAUGAACAUGAGUAGAAUAUGAAAAAGAAAAUUUCUAUUGUUGAUCAUUUUGAUUGUUAAUAAAAGCUUCUUCUCACUUAAAUUUUUUAAAAGCAGGUUCUAUUGUGA